UUGAAAGAGAAAAUUUCAAAAAAAAAAAAUGUGUAACAAAAAUUUGUGUCAUUCCGCAUUACUUAAAAGACGCAGUGUGUCCCAAAUUUGAGAAAUGGCGCCCCACGAACUCCGCCGCCCGUUCAAACGCCCGGCUUUCUCCGACCAGCAUAAGCGUCGGGAGCUUUCACUUCUCCGGCAGGCGCAGAACCGCCGCGACGCCCAUCACCACGCUCGCUGCCUCGCGUCCUCGGUUCUCUCUCUCCAUGCCCACACCCCUGACCCCAUCGCCUCCGACCCACAAGCCCCGCCCGACAUCGAACUCGCCCCCGAGCCCGAACCUGAACCUGAACCUGAACCUGAACCCGAACAAUGCUCCGGCGAAAUCGAUGUUCGUUGGGCGUCGAAGCUCAGAGGCCCCGAAGCUCGUCGAUGGUUCGCCAGACAACUCAUGCUUCCCGAGUGGAUGAUCGAUGUCCCAGAUGGAUUGAAUGACGACUGGUAUGUAUUUGCAAGGCCUGCUGGAAAACGAUGUUUUGUUGUUUCUUCUAAUGGAACAACAGUCAGUAGACUACGAAAUGGUUCUGUGUUGCAUCAUUUUCCAUCUGCUCUGCCCAAUGGGGCCAGGACCAGAGACAACUCUGGUUCUGCACAGUCAUAUUGUAUACUGGAUUGCAUAUUUCAUGAGUUGGAUCAAACUUACUAUGUAAUUGACAUGGUUUGCUGGCGGGGAUACUCUCUAUAUGACUGCACUGCUGAAUUCAGAUUUUUCUGGUUAAACUCCAAGCUUGCAGAGACUGGGGCUUGCAACCCGCCAUCACAAUACCACAGGUACAGAUUCAGUCUGGUCCCCACAUACAACAGUGACCUGAGUGGUUUAUAUGCAGCGUAUACAGGCACAGUGCCUUACAUCAAGGAUGGGCUAUUAUUUUAUAACAAGCAUGCUCAUUACCAAUUGGGAAAUACACCACUAGCUUUGGUCUGGAAGGACGAAAACUGCAGUCAAUAUGUAAUUGACACAGAUGGUAAGGGACAAGUGCCAAGUGAACAACAGGUGGUUUUGGAGCUACAAGUUGAUGGAAAACUGACUACAUCAGAUGACCCUCCUGUUGUGUUUGGAUGCUUGGAUGGGGAUUUCAUACAAAAGUCUGGUCUGCAUUUGGGAAGUCUUAUACGUUUUGGUGUGAAGGAAGAUGGAUUGCAUUUUGUAGAUGGCAAGCUUGAGAAGGCUGAUUUACAUUACCUAGGUAAAUCAAAUCGAGCACGUGCUUUUGCUGAUAGCUACUCUAAGGUUAUGUUCCAGCAUACAGUUCGGCAUUCUCCUUUAAGAAUAGAUGAUUUGGUAGCGUCCAUUACCUCAUCUGGUGAUCAGGAGAAAGAAAUUAAAGAAGCCGGUGAUAUUGAGAUGGCUGGUUGAUAGUGGCUUUAUGUGAUAGCAAUAAGAAGACCCUAUUCUCUGCAAUGGUACCAUAUGACAAAACCCUUCUUAGGAUUACUGUGCCACUUUCAUUACCCGGUGACCAAAACAGGAGUUUCCUCAAGAGCUGUAUUUAAGGAUGAGACAAAGUUAACAGUACUAUCCAGAUCUCAUGCACAGAUAUCAACUAAUAAUAUCGUUGAGUAUAGAAUUUUUGUAUGAAUAUGACUAGUUGGUUCAUGUUAUUGUUGUCAAUUAUUGCGUCCAGGUUUCUGUUUGCAUGAACUGUUUGUUUAGUCUCUGUAUGAUGUUUUUAAAUGUAUUUUGGCCAGUAAUUUUUGCUGCAAAUCCUACUCAAGAGAAAUGUAUAUUUAAGUGCAUGUAGAAAACUUUCAUGAUAAGACUAUAUGGUGUAUUUUGUUUUAAA